AUGAGGCGCCGGGCUCGGACCGCGCCCGGGCUCGCCCUGUUCUGUCUCGCCGCCCUGCUGGCCGCCGCUGCCGGGCUGCCCCCCCCCGGCUCCGCGCCGCCCCCCGAGCCCGGCAGCGGCAGCGGCGGCCCCGCCGACAGCAGCCCGGCACCCACCGCGCGGCCCCGCGGCCCCACGGCCCGGCCCGGCCCCGCACCGCCGCCCCCGGAGCCUCCCCGAGAGGAAGCGGAGGAGGAGGAGGCGGCGACCGCGGGCCCCGCAGGAGAGCCAUGCAACUGCAGUGCUGUGGGAAGCAGUGGGUGCCACGACGCUCCGGGACGCUGCACCUGUCUGCCAGGCUAUGCGGGGCUGCACUGCGAGCACUGCGCCCAUGGCUUCCACCCCGACCACAGCCAGCAGCACUGCCUGCCCUGUGCCUGCAGCCCCACUGGUGCCCUCGGACCCAGCUGCGAUGACGAUGGGAAGUGCCGGUGCAAAGUCGGCGUGACAGACCUGAAGUGUGACCGGUGCAGUGAUGGGUAUUACAGAGCCAACAGCACCUGUGAGCCGUGCCAGUGCAACAACCACUCCAACACCUGCGACCGCCUAACAGGCACCUGCCUGCACUGCCAGGACAACACGGAGGGGAAGCACUGUGAGCUCUGCAGGAGUGGCUUCUACAGGAGCACCCACAGCUGCCACCGCUGCCCCUGCUCCACUGUGGCAUCGACCGGCACCUGCCAGAUCCAGCCUGGUGAAGCUGCCCCAACAUGUGACAAAUGCAAAGUUGGUUACACUGGCCCCAACUGCAACCAGUGUGCCGACGGCUACUACAACUCCGACAGCAUCUGUGUCAGGUGCCAGUGCAAUGGGAACGUGGACCCCACGCUGUCCCCCAGCAUCUGCAAACCAGAGAGUGGCGAGUGCAUCGGGUGCCUGUACCACACUGCUGGCUUCCACUGCCACGAGUGUGAGGACGGCUACGUCAGGGACCCCGAGGGAAUCAACUGCACCAGGAAAGAAGCCACUCUUGGCCCAGAAAUAACAGAGUUUAUAAGUCCUGCUCCGAACACUAGCAAGGCAACAUCACUUCCAACUGCAGUGACAAACAGUACGUUGUCACCAACAACUAUACAGACUAUAUUCCCUUUAAGUUCCUCUGACAAUAGUACCUCUGCUUUUGCAGAUGUUUCUUGGACUCAGUUUAAUAUAAUUAUUUUGACAGUCAUCAUCAUUGUCGUGGUCCUACUAAUGGGCUUUGUGGGUGCUGUCUACAUGUACCGUGAGUAUCAGAACAGAAAACUUAAUGCUCCUUUUUGGACCAUUGAACUCAAAGAGGACAACAUCAGCUUCAGCAGCUACCACGACAGCAUCCCCAACGCUGAUGUUUCAGGGCUGCUGGAAGAUGAUGGCAAUGAAGUGGCACCGAACGGACAGCUGACGCUGACGACUCCCAUGCACAAUUUUAAAGCUUAGAAGAGGAAGCAAUCCAGCUGUUCCAGAGUUGGCUUCAAGAAGUUACAGAGCUUGUUGAAGGGGUAUCAGGAUCCGUGCCAAGGCUCGGUGCAGAGGAAUUUGCUCUUCAGAUACUCUUAGCUGGGCAUGCUGUAGCUUGCAGGUGAACAGGAGGAAGCUGUAGUGCCCAAACGUCAGGUAACGUGGUGAAAUGCAUUCAGUGUGUUGUUCUCCGUAAGGACCCACAUAAUUCACUGUCGGUACAAGACUCGAUUAUGCUGAUCUUAAAAUAUCCUUUUUAUGUAGAGGUGAUGGGGCAGUGAAAGCAAUGCCCCAUUAAUCAGAAGCUACUCUGUUUCCAGCCAACCUAACACUUAUGCCUGCAUCUUUAGCUUGAAAAGUAGCUUACGGAUUAACAGUGGAUUUUCAGGAAACAGACCUUUGUAAAGGCUUUGUAUUACUUCCUGAUGUGAAUUUGCUUGAAAAGGAGGACAAAAAAUGGGAAAUGAUUCUUUAUUGUACUACCAAGCAAGUAGAGGAGUGAGUUGCACACUUGAACAAAAGUCACCAUUAACAGUUUCCACAAAGCUGGGAAACAGGAAAAAAUAUCACAAAGAUAUUGGAGUUAGGGAGGAGAGUAAGCUUUUCCCUUUCUGAGUAUUUAUACAGGGUGAUGAUGCUAUUAAAACAUAGCAAUCCACUUUUUUUUUUUUUUUUCUAGAAGAGGUUAAUGAACUUGUAUAGUUUCUGUGCAAGGGAAGACGACAAGACAUCUCAGGGUUGCUGUGUACAAAUAAAAGCUAGGCUUAAUACCCUACCCUGAUAGCAAUGGUGUGUUCUGUAUAUAAAAUGUAAUAUAUCUUCUUGGAGCUGUAUUUGUAAUUAUUUGUAAAAAAAAGACAAACAACCAAAAAAGCCAACCCAAAGUGGACCCCUCCCCAACCUCCUCUGUUCCCCAGUCAUAUUUUAUCAUCUAGAUUUUAAUUGUACAGUGGUUAGUGGCAUUGUUUAAAAAGAAAAAAAAGAAAAAAAAAGAGGUUGUUUAAAAUACUGUAAAUUAGAUGGCAAUAUUGUCAGAGCUGGGACUCUGGCAAACACCCACUGCUUAAAGCUUUUCUUCUAGUGUGUCAUCGAAUAACUUUGUUUUUUAGAGAAAAUGUGAGUGCUCCCUACUUGCAUCUGUCAAAUUUCCCUAUUCCUUUAAAUACAGAGUGAAUAGCCAGCGUUGCCACGAGUAAAGCCUGGAGGUGUCCAGCUGGCAGAUGUACCUUUUUGUUACUUCUUUUUAAGUCUCUGUACAAGAUGCAAAUACACUGGCUCUCAAUGACUGAGCUUUCCUGAAGCUCCUCACGUUUGGGAUCUCGGUGCUGUUCCUCCCGUUGGACACAGUGAUGUCUAUGGCUGGGUGCAGCCUGCUGGCUUCUCUUAAAGGAUGAAGGCAAAACUUGCCUGGAUUUGGGUGGAAAUGGCUUUCAGUCACAAUACUCGCAGAAACCGAAUUGCACUUCUGGCCUUAAAAGCUGAACGUGCACGAGUGCUUUCAGGAAAUUCAUGUAGCACAAGGUGGUGGAGGAGAAUCAGCUGUCUAGAAUUCUACAAGGUUUUAUGGGUUCCCCUGAGUUUUCAGUGGGCCUGGCAGACAGAGAGAACAACAAAUGGGCAGCACAGCUUGGGGAAGUCGUGCCAUGGGGCACCUUGCUGGUAGUGCUGGACAGCCCCAUGUAAAUCAAUAGCGUGCUGCUGGAUAUGCACAGAUAUUACACCCAACUCACAGGCGACCUGCAAAACAAAGCUGCAUCACUGUACGUGUUGGUGCUGAGGAGGAAUGAAGUACCUGCUAAGGGUCAGCAGGAGCUGGCUGAUGCAUCCUCAGAGCCGGGCAAAGUAAAUAUUUCUCAGUGUGAGAAAUGGUAGGAAGAAUGUGGUGAUUAUUUAUUUGCUGCAUGGAGGCUUUUCUUAUCUUUGGAGACUUUUGGGGGAGUAGGGAAUAGGUGCUUUAAACACAAGCACAAAGAUGCCAUUUCUGCUUCAAAAGCUUGUUGCUUGAUUUAAAGGUGAGGCACAGCGAGGAAGAAUAGCCAAGAGGAUGGCAAGAAAUGGUGAGAGGAGAAUGUGGUAUUGCAUAGAGGAAUGUGGAAGAGAUCCUGCUGCCUGCUAUGGGCCUGAGUGAGGUUCUGUAGUUCUGUAAAUUGGGCUGAAGUUCGAGCAAUGCUACAUUUAGUUAUAAAAUGGGGGAGGAACAGAGGAGAAAAUGUGGAUAUUGCUAAUCCUUGAGUUAUUCUUCCAGCUUUUAAAGAGCAGAGUGGUGACAAAUAGAGAAUUUCCUAAAAAUUGUAAUUAUUUGACAAUGCUCAUUUUGUGAUACGCUUGCACUUGGUCACUUCAUAGGUUGGGGAAAGGUAAUUUAGGAACUGUUAGCUUCUGGGACUAAUGCUAGCAGGCAAAGUGAAGGAUGGGUUGUUCACUCUAAUGUUUCCAGAACAUUUUAGUAGAUGUUAUCCUCUUUGCCACAAAACACCUCUUCCCCAGAUUUGAUAAGACAGUAGGCUACCUUGUACCUGGAAUAGGGUUUAAUUUUUCUCUGGCUGUAAAAAUACCAACCAUCUGGUGAACCAGAGCAUGAGUUCAGGUGCUGAGCCCUCCCAUCCCAUACACUGCAAAGGCAGGUGUUUGUGUCUGGGUUGCUUCUGGCCUCCAGAACUCUUAAGAGCUUUUUGUUUUAGCCCUGAGAUUGAAAAGAUGAGGAGGUCAGGAUGCCUUAUGCAAAGGAGGGUGAUGCAGCCAUGGUGUGUGGGGGUUGUACAUCUGGACAAAGGGAUCUAGAUGGCCUCUGCAGUUGUGAUGAGAAGAAUGGCUGAGGUGGGGCCUGGCUGCCCAGGUUUGGACAGCAGAAGAAAGCACAGAAAGGAUGUGGCAGUGGGACAGUGCUUGUCAGAUUGCAAGCUGACUCAGCAGGGUGGAGCAGCCAUCUCCAGCCAGCCAGAACUUUGGUGUGGAGGAAUUAUAUUUAUAAAGGGAAACCCCAGAAAAGAAAGAAUAAACAGCUUCAUGUUUGGGUUUGAUCUGAGAUUAGGUUCUUCUUGCUGCCUCCGUCAGUCAUGCAGUCACCCCUCAGGCACUGUGGAAGGUGAAGCAAGUUACAUCUCCAGUCAGCUUGGGUUGGCAUCACUUGUGGAUGGAGUGUAGAGCCAGAACACCUGUGCCAGGGUAUGAAAGGCCACUAGGAACACCAGCCUGCCCUAUGUCAUAACUUGUCUCAAAGCUUCUCAGAUGCUGAGGUUUGCAAAUGCCAUGGGUAGAUUGGCCAGAAUGGACUUACAGGGCUGCACUGGGGCCCAACUCAGUGUCUGUCAGGAAAAGGCAAAGGCAUCUAGAUGACUUGUAGGGCUGAUGUAGCAAUACAGAUACCCAGAGCUUUCAAUUCUAAUGGACCAUACCACUGUCUGGCUGUGACCACUGUGUGGAAAGGCAGUGGUGGGAUGGUAAAGUAGCUGGAGAACACAGCAAAGGUACGAUGAGGUGAGUAGGGGUGGGAAGCCAGCUGUGCAGGCACGAUCCUCGGGGUUGUGAGGCUCUGUGGAUCCAGCUGGUCUGAAUGGGGUGAGUUCAGUUCCACAAAUAACUGAAGGCAAGAGGAUAUAAUGGAGCAGAUAAAGGGCAAAAAGCAAUGAUGUGUCAAAGGCAUGGGGCAGCCUGGCUGGCUCACAAUUUAGGAGAGUAUUUGGUAAGCAAAGUGCAAAAGUAUGAUUGGGUUAAUAUGAGUAGAUGAUCUUAAAUCUUAGGAACCACUGCAGCUAGAAAUAACUGCGUGGAGCAGUAGCCCUGGGGAGCUGUCAGGAGAUGUCAUCCAUUGGAAUGAUAAUUCCCUUGGACCAGGCUGAGCAAACUUAGCACACUGGAUGUCUUUUUUCGAAAGAGAAGAGGAUGUAUUCAGCAUCCUUCAGGUAUCCUGGGCCAGUUAACCACUGCUAUACAGUGUCUUAUCAUAAAUGUUAAAUGCAAUGUAAAUGUGGCAGAUAAUUUGCACAGUCUCCUUUAAGUAAUGGAUUUAAGAUUGUAUCCUAAAAAUACAUUUCUUGUUAAAAUGAAGUUUUGAAAUGAGCUCCCACAGGAUUCUGUUCUUUGUGUGUCAGAGGAAUGGAUUAAAAUCAGAAAAAUGUGGGCCUUGUACUUGCUCCCAACUGAAACCCAUCAGUCUUACUACACAUCCAAAUAAGGCGUCUCCUAAGCAUAUGCUAUGCUUACAAAUGCAUUUCUAGGGAAAAAAAAAAGUGUAUGAUUUGAAUAUAUGUCAGAAUUUAUACAGAAGAAUGUUAUUUAAAAUGAAUAAAAAUAAAUGUAUAUAAUUUGUAUCUA